AUGGCAGUCUCUUCCGCCCCUCCGAGCUGCCUGCGGCUUGGUUCUGUCUUGCGUCUGUGUCUCCUGGCUGCGCUGAGCGCAUCUCUGGAGUUUGCCGCGCGCGACGCGUCGGCGCCGACUGUCUCUUCCUCUCUCGUUUCGCCCCUUCCUUCCCCGUUGCUGUCUGCGCGGGCGAGCACGCUGGAUCCGGGCAGCGGCGCGUCGAUUUCCGUGGAGGGCGGUGACGACGGCAACGAUUCAGACGACGGCGAGUAUGGUACACACUCGCGCCCGACCGCACCGCCAUCUAGCAAGCCCAAGCGCCGGUCCUCCUCCGCGCCGCCCCCAUUCUCCGCACCGCCCCCAUUCUCCGCUCCGCCACCCUUGUCUUCUGGGGACGAGGACGAGCUUUCGCGCGAGGUUGGGCUCUUCCUUGAUGAUGGCGCGUCCCACCCCGGCGAUGUGCACCCCGAGGAACGCGGCGAGGACGCCCUCGGUGACGACGAUAUGGAGGCCCUGAUGGCGCGGGUGGGGCGCCACCAAGAGCCGAUAAUGCCGCUUAGGGGCCUCUUCCAUGGCGCCGGACGCGAGGCCCGCAGCGACGCAAACGAAGACGAAGACCGCGCGCAGGCACGCAGCGCAGCGAUGGAGCACAUCAGUCGCCUCGUUCAGAUGCUGCGAGCUGCGCAGGAAGACGAAGAAGAGCUGCUUUUCGGCUUGGACAGAAAAGAAAAACGCACCGUCACUGCCAACGAGUGGUACACCACGACUGUUGCGGCGACCAUGACCGGCAAACGCCCGACAGACGAAGACGCGAUCCUCGUCACUGCGGCCUCGAGCGUGCGUCCGGAUGUGCGCAUCAAGGCGAUCUUUGAUGGGCAUGCUGGCGAGUCCACCUCGCGGUAUUGCGCCGAUAACAUUUCGUCCUAUCUCGGAACUUUGACCGAGUUCGUCUACGACGAGGUCAAGAAAGCGUGCUUGGAUCUCGAUGCGGAGAUUAUUGCGAAGUUGGGACCCCGACACGUCGCGGGAUCGACCGGGAUUAUCGUCAUGAUUGAGCUGGUGUCGAAGCCCCGAGUUGCGCGCGCAGUCGGUCGCGAGCUCAUUCUGGAGUCGCAGGGCGAGCCGUUUGUUGCGCUGGAGCAGCAGCUGCAGGAGGAAGAGGCUGAGGAGCACCCCGAGUUGGUUGGGAGGUACCCCAAGGUCCCCGAAGUGGAAAAUGUCGAAAUUCCCGCUGGAUCGUUCCUUCUCACCGUCGCCAACAUCGGUGAUUCGCGCGCGAUGCUGCUGCACAGCGACGGCAGCUUCACGCGCUUGUCAAAAGACCACAAGCCAAACCAGCCGGAGGAACAAGAGCGCAUUGAAAAGGCAGGAGGAUCCGUCCGAAACGUCGACGUCGCGCGCGUGGACGGCAUCCUGGCCCUCUCGCGAGCGUUCGGAGACUCUGAAUUCAAGAUGAAUGCAGGCUUGCCGCCGGACCAACAGCGAGUCAUUGCGGUGCCUGAAGUCAGGACUUUCUACGCAAAGCCCACCGACGUCCUCAUGCUCGCGUGCGACGGUUUAUUUGAGCCUAACGGCAUGGACUGGAAGUAUGUGAAUGACUUGGCGAUGGCGGAGCUGCAAAACGCGAAUGGCAACUUGGAGGAGGCAGUGAUGCGUCUGAUGGAUUACGCCUACGAAAUGAACUCGCAGGACAACAUCAGCCUCAUGCUCACUACGUUCGGCAGCCAGCGUUUCUCACAGCCGUCUGUCGUCUACAAGACUUUCUCUGGACAAGGGGAGGUCUUGUCAGAGACCGUCUGGACGCCCCGCGACACGACAGACGGAGCUGCGGCCGAUGGUGGUGGAAAGGAGGAAGAUCAGAUUACUUUGUAUUAA